AUGGCACAACGGGUCACGUUUGGUCGCAGCGAACAAUGGGAUGGGGCCGGCGGUAAAAUCCGGAGCCCUCUCGUCUGGAGUGUGAAGCGGGUCAGGGGCACCAGAGGCUGUGUCGGCUCGGCAUGGGUCGGGUUCGCAGACAAUCGAAGUCAAUUCUCGGCCGCGACAGGCAUAGGGCGAUUUGGCUUGUUUCUGCCAGCCCUCAGGCGAUUUCCGGAGCGGCUGGCCGUUCCGCACUCGGUUAGGCAUGCCCUAUCGCAAUUGAAGGAUGCAACUGGGCGCAACAGGGCGUGCAGGCCCCGACUGGGGUCGGUCGUCUACUGUGGCCUGCAAGCCUGGAACGUUGCGACUCUGCGAGGGUCGACGAGGGGGGUGCCGAGGGUGCGCCUCCUGUGCGUGCGAAGGCAAUGCCAGUUGGAAGUGGAGCCCGUCUCCCACUAUUAUUAG